UUUUUAUAAAGAAAUGUCUACAACAAGUUCAUUAAAUGUAAUAGCAAAAAUCCCUCAAUCAGCAAUUUGUUCAAUAAGUAAUUUUCUUUUGUCAGACAAGAAACUUGAAGAAAGGAAUUGUUCAAAAUCUUUGGAAAAGGAUUGCGAAAAACCUGUAGAUUUUACUAAUGGAUUUGAAACGAGUGACGACUCUGACACCUCCCAACAAGUCCAACAAACCAAAUGGCUUCGUCACACUUUAAUCGUUGCUAGGCCAAAUUUAUCAAUUGUAGUAAUUGCCUCUGCCCAAAGAUUUGUAAUUUUGGAAAAUUCGGAGUCAAAAACAAUGGAAAUUUCAACUCGAGUGGAUGCCACUAAAGAAGAUUUUGUUUAUAUUAGUGCCUUAAAUGCUUUUGGAAUUUCCUCGUUAAACUCUUCGAGGAGCUCUGAAGAUGAUUGGACGUGUAUUUGCGUGGUUUUUUUUUUAUUUUUUUUUGUUAAUUUUUGGGGUACCCCCCCUCAUUUUUUGCUUUUCUCAUUUCUGCUUUUCUCCUUUAAAUUGGUCAAAGACAAAUAAUGGUCAGACUACGGGUCUAUCUCGUGACUUACUAGCUUUUACAUUUAGCCAGGAACCCAAAAAUCCGAAAGUUGC